CCCCGGCGCAUCGCGGAGCGGCACCAUCACCGAGCAGCAGCAGCACCUGGCUCCUCCACCGACCGCAUCCUCCUCCUCCUCCUCCUCCCUCCUCCCGCAUCAGGCGCGGGAGCGACAGGAAGCCCUGACGUCACCAUGCCAGGUAGCCAGAGACGGACAGGGGGAAGGUGAGCGCGCGCGCGUGUGAGAAAGAGAACGAGAGCUGACUCUGCGGGUGCGCUCGGCCUCCGGGUGGUGGACACCUCUCCGGGCUCGAAUAACGAUGGACGGCCGGCCGCCUGCGCUGCUGCCGCCGCCUGCGCUGCUGGCUCUCCUCGCCAUCAUCGUUGGAGGUGUCCUGGGGGCAGACACAGAGGAGCGGCUGGUGGAGCAUCUCUUAAACCCAGCACACUACAACAAACUGAUCCGCCCCGCCACUAACGGCUCGGAGCUGGUCACCGUGCAGCUGAUGGUGUCGUUGGCCCAGCUCAUCAGUGUGCAUGAACGAGAGCAGGUGAUGACCACCAACGUGUGGCUGACUCAGGAGUGGCAGGACUACCGGCUGACUUGGGUCCCUGAGGAAUUUGACGGGAUGCUGAAAGUCAGGCUGCCCUCCAAACACAUCUGGCUGCCUGACGUGGUCCUGUACAACAACGCUGACGGCGUGUACGAGGUGUCCUUCUACUCGAACGCCGUGGUGUCCUACGACGGCAGUAUUUUCUGGCUGCCACCUGCCAUCUACAAAUCUGCCUGUAAGAUCGAGGUCAAACACUUCCCGUUCGACCAGCAGAACUGCACGCUGCGCUUCCGCUCCUGGACCUACGAUCGCACCGAGAUCGACCUGGUGCUGCGCGCCGACGUGGCCAGCAUGGACGACUUUACGCCCAGCGGCGAGUGGGACAUCAUCGCUCUGCCGGGCCGGCGGAACGAGAACCCGGCCGACCCCGCCUACGUGGACAUCACCUACGACUUCAUCAUCCGCAGGAAGCCUCUGUUCUACACCAUCAACCUCAUCAUCCCGUGCGUCCUCAUCACGUCGCUGGCCAUCCUGGUCUUCUACCUGCCGUCCGACUGCGGCGAGAAGAUGACGCUCUGCAUCUCGGUGCUGCUCGCCCUCACCGUCUUCCUGCUGCUCAUCUCCAAGAUCGUCCCGCCCACGUCCCUGGACGUCCCCCUGGUGGGGAAGUACCUGAUGUUCACCAUGGUCCUGGUCACGUUCUCCAUCGUCACCAGCGUGUGCGUGCUGAACGUGCACCACCGCUCCCCCACCACGCACACCAUGCCCCCCUGGGUCAAACUGGUGUUCCUCAACAAGCUGCCCGCCCUGCUCUUCAUGCGCCAGCCCAGGAACAGCAGCGAGCGCCAGCGGCUGCGCCAGAGGAGGAGGGCUCAGGAGCAGAAGGAGGGCGGGCGCAGUGGGGAGCCAGGGGGCCUGAUGGUGGGCCUGGGGCUCGGCGGCACCGGCGGAAACGGCGGGGGGACCUCCACGGCGGUGUUAGGCAAAGACGACGGCGAGCCCUGUACGUGCUACGUGAACCGGGCCUCGGUCAAACAGUUCGGAGGGGAUCUGUCCAGCACCGGAGGGGGAUCGAUGGACGGCCUGAACAGGGUGAGGGAGGCCCGGGAGGGCGGAGCCGGAAACCUGCAGAGGGGGAAGCAGGGGGCUGGAGGUCCCGCCCUGACUCAGGCCCUGCUGGCCCAGGCCUGUCCGGGCUUCGAUGAGGCUGUGGAGGGAGUGCGCUUCAUCGCCAACCACAUGAAGAGCGAGGACGAUGAUCAGAGCGUCAGCGAGGACUGGAAGUACGUGGCCAUGGUGAUCGACCGUCUCUUCCUGUGGAUCUUUGUGUUCGUGUGCGUGUUCGGCACCAUGGGCAUGUUCCUGCAGCCGCUCUUCCAGAAUUACACAGCCAAGAGCAUCAGCUACACACCGGGCUGAGCACGCCGCACUCACAAGCACGUCGACAGACAGCUCCCCCGACCAAUCAGCACGGCGGGACACGGGCCGGAGGUGUGUGUGUGUGUGUGUGUGUGUGUGUGUGUGUGUGUGUGUGUGUGUG